GAGUACAUAACUAACGGCUCAGAUCCUCCACGCUCAAUGUAGUGCACCAUAAAUACACGUAAAAAUGUUCUCUUGCCCACCAAAAAAAACCGUUACUUGGUCCCGCACUAGCCGUUGUUCUUCCAGCUAUUGUUAAAACUUCUCUCUCUAAACUCUUCUUUGGAUCACACCUUCUUCCACCAUCAUGUCCAAAAUUCUCCCUCUCUUCUGAUUUUGCAUCCCCAAACCCUAACCCUAGUUUUCAAUUCUCAGAGUGCCCCCAGAAAAUCCUAACCCUCGGUUUUCUUAAACUUUUUUUUUUUUUUUUUUAAUUUUAAUUUUAUUUUAAUUCUCGGAUUUGCAUAAUAUAUAAACUUUAGAUCACAUUCAGAUUCUUUCCUGACUGAUUAAUUGAUUGAGUGCGAGUUUUUGUUAACUCCCUGGGUUUAUAAUAACCCAACGUUUUAGGUUCAAAUUUGUGGAUUUGAGAGGGAUUUGAUUGGGUUUGAGAAUGUCGAAUUUGUAUGGAGAUUUUAAUCAAAAGAUUGAUUAUGUAUUUAAGGUGGUGUUAAUUGGGGACUCGGCUGUUGGGAAAACUCAGCUAUUGUCGCGGUUUGCGAGGAAUGAGUUCAGUUUGGAUUCAAAAGCGACUAUUGGGGUGGAAUUCCAGACAAAAACCAUUGUUAUUGAUCACAAGACUGUGAAGGCACAGAUUUGGGACACUGCUGGCCAAGAGAGGUAUCGAGCAGUGACAAGUGCAUACUACCGAGGUGCAGUUGGUGCAUUGUUAGUGUAUGACAUGACAAAGCGUCAAUCAUUUGAGCACAUGGCAAGAUGGCUAGAGGAAUUAAGAGGGCAUGCCGAUAAGAGUAUUAUUAUUAUGCUUAUUGGCAACAAGUGUGACUUGGGAAGUCUAAGGGCAGUACCAGUUGAAGAUGCCCAGGAGUUUGCAGAAAGAGAGAAUCUAUACUUUAUGGAGACCUCGGCACUAGAUGCCACCAACGUUGAAACUGCAUUUCUGAGGGUGCUAUCAGAAAUAUACCGGAUCAUCAGCAAGAAGUCUCUUACUGCCAAUGACGGUGGGGACCACUUGAAGUCGGGGUCUCUCAAGGGCACGACGAUUUUUAUUCCUAAACAGGAGCCAGAUUCUGGAAAGAAGGGUGGCUGUUGCAUGUCAUCCUGAUCUUCACUUUCUAUCUUUUUCUUUUUUGUUUCUUUUCUUUUCUUUUUCUUUUUUUUUUUUUU